UUUCCUUAUUACAUAUAUUUCUCAGGCUGAAUAACUGUUGCAUAUCCGUACGUUACCUCCAGAACCCAAUUAGUUUUGCCAGGAUUGAAUGGAAUGGACGUCAGCUCACGGCCUUGCAUACGCAAUGUAAUACUACCUUCGAGAGGCACAUACCGCCUAAGGAGGGUGAGGUUUGAGUGUUCGCCGGACUCGCGAGCGUGCGUUGGUCGUCCAUCUCGCUCAUCAAUACUCUGCCGCCGAGCCCAGUAGCCCUCUUUUUUUUUUUCUGGGAAACUUGGAAAGCCCCGAAUGCCGGGCCUAGCCGUGGUUGUGGUGCCAGGUUCCGGCAGCCAGCUGUCCAUGGGGGCGUCGGUGCUGUGGAUUGGCUGCACGAGGGUUGACGGGCUAUCCGGUUCAAUUGGGACGCCCAUCGUUGAUUACAUACUUAUAGCCUUGCCCGUGCUGUGCAGUCCAGCAAAUAUAUAACUUGUUGAGAGAGCCCUUUUGCCCGGGCCAUGGCGUUGCGCGCUCUUCUUUUCCCGCCGCUCUGCCGCGUUCGUCGCCGUCCUGCUGUGUCUGUGCUGAGCCAAUUAGGACACCUGACAAUGCUGCGGGACCCGCAGGGAGCCGACCCCACGAUCCACCGAACGAACCAUCAGGGCAGCGAGACCGGAACAACCCCCAACAAGGCCUCGCUCGCCCGUCACCUCACUUCACGCUGGCUCCCUCGGUCAUGGAGACCGAUACCGACCCAUCCUGGCCAGCCUGCGAUCGUUGCCAUCGCCGAAAGUCACGAUGUGAUAAACAGGUACCUCUCUGCGGCCCGUGUAUGAAGGCCGGUGUCCCCUGCGUAUAUACAGAUCGUUCCAAAGAGCCGACGUAUAGAAAAGAGGUUGUCGAGCGGUUAGAGCGCCGGCUGAAGCAGUGCGAGGCGACUAAUCGUGCUUUGGCUGCGAGAUUGGCGAGUGCUAACAGUCAGCUUGCUGCGGCCACGGGAGUAAAUGGCGCCUCAAGUGAGGAUCGGGCAAUGGCUGCCCUCCCUCAGGACCAGCAGCAGCAGCAACAGCAGCAACCACGGUCAGACAGCGACAAUGAGGUGACGGACGAGGUUUCGUUCCUAUCCCUGACUGCUGGCGGGGAGAGGCAAUUCUUAGGAUCGGGCAGCGGAGUGCUGUUUGCCAACCUUGUUCGUGCUACAGUAGAAGCAACUUCUGCACCUACUUCGUCAAUUGCUCUCAAAACCAGAGAGUUCCAACGCAAUUCUCCCUAUCCCGCCGGUGGUCUUCCCGGAUCCCUCGCAUCAAUACCGAAGACCGACCUCUCCCAGAUUCCCCCUGAACUAUUCGCGCGAGACCUACACCAUGCAUACUUCGAACAUGACCACCUUUGCUACCCUUUCCUCCAUCGCCCUACCGUCCUUGCCUCCUUUGAACAAAUAUACGCAGAUCCAUCGUCCCUGGAUCGCGACCACUCCGCUGCGUUUGUAUACUAUAUGAUAUUAGCUAUAUCGUCGGUCGAUUUCCAUAAAUUCGAUUGGCAGACGAGACCUGAUGCCGAAAAUUUUCACGCAAUUGCAUUGGCCAGGCUUAAUGAGGUCCUGCAGCUUGGUGGGAUUAAGGCGCUACAAGCCAUCCUUCUGCUUGUGCAGUAUCGGAUGAGGAGUUCAAUCCAGGAUACUUCUGCAAGCAUGUGGCAUUUAGUCGGAGUCGCGGCGCGAAUAUGCUUUGAACUUGGCCUUCAUCGAGAGCUUGUAUAUCAGGUUCGUCAGACUCCCGAUCCGUCUGGGUUAAGCGCGACGGAUCAAUUCAUUCGAUCAGAAACUAAACGUCGGUGUUUCUUUUGCGUCGUUGCAAUGGAUCGUGUUGUGAGCAUUACGCUGGGCCGGCCCUUUGCAAUUCGACUCGAGGAUAUCGACGUUUCUCUCCCCGAUUCCCAAUUCGAUUUGGAUAUCACCCCACCUGGAUCCAGCUUUCACCCGUCAACCGGCGAGUCAUUUUCUCGCACGGCCUUGUUCGUUCACAUUGUUCGCUAUAGAACCCUAUGUGGCAAGAUCCUCGCUUCGUUGCACAGUGGAAAGCGCCCUCAGCAGAAAGUCGAGGACAGUGCUGCUUUGGAAGUUCGAGAAAGCCUGGCAGCGGAACUUGAGGCAUGGCGCCAUGACACGGCUUCCCUCAAUCUUCCUGCUGUAGAUCUUUCUAGUGCAAUACCGGGUGACAGGUCAAGUUUCCGUGCACAUGAGUGGUACGAGAUUUUAUACCACAACGCAAUUCUGAUGCUCUACCGCCCGUCCCCUGCAUUUUCGGCAGUUUCGACGAAAGUUCCAGUCUCGAUACAAACGAUCUUUAUGGCUGCGAAGCAAUCUAUCACUUUGUAUGCUCAUCUCCAUCGCUCUAGGAGGAUUAACUAUACAUGGAUUACGCUACACGCCGUGUUCAUGGCAGGCCUUUCUUACGUUUACGCCGUUGGUCGGCAUUUUCGCGCAAAACGUCGAAUAGCAGCCGGAGGCCACGCGACCACGAUGCUCGACGAAGAUCCAUCUAUCAUAGAAAUUGUGAACGAAACCCGUGCUUGCUCUAACGUGCUGGUAGCUGUAUCCGAGCGCUGGUCUGCCUCCCGCAAUUCUCACGACGUGUUCCACCGUCUGAGCGACGCAGUUCUCGCCGAUGCCAUUGAACUUUUAAGCUCGCCACCGCCGUCAUCAGCGACUAGCCAACAUCCGCAAGGUUCCAUACCAAUUGGCGGGCUGGGUUCUCCAUCCAGCAUGUCCAUGAGCGGAAUGGCCCAUAUGAAUAAUACCACAAGCACACCCGGUGGCCUGGAAACGUCAUGGCCUGUGCCGGAUAUGGUGACCAGUCCGCCGCUGGCGGUGGAUUCAGUGUUGAGGGAUUGUUUUAGGGAUUUACAAAAUAUCCACGAGCAUGGUUGCGGAGAUGAUCCGAUUGGGAGACUGUCGCAGGAUUGGUUGGGAGAGAUUGGUGGGAUGUCAUUGGAAGCGGUGCAGAUUUGGGGAGAGUAGCAACAAUCCCGUGAAUAAACGCAUCACGGUAUCUGGUUCACGAUUGUGUGAGCUCCGGGGAGUGUCAGUCCAGUGUGCCAAUCUGCGACGGACCUCCCUGCACAAAACGAUGGCCUGAGACUCUUUCACCUAUUCUCUCAACUAGGAGCUUCGGCACACUCCUAUUGAAAAAGAAAUUGUAUGACUAAAUCUGUGAUACGAAUAUCAAUGCCAUCUGAGCAUUCCUCACGGGGAUUCGCUCACGCCAGUCGAUGCUAAUUG